UUAUCGCGACGAUGCUCUGUUCCUACUGGUUCCUACCGCGACAAAUGACGCGUUAGCGAUGCGGCUUGGUCGCUGGAUGCAAGAUGACGAUAGCGAAGCCUAAUUAAUCAUUAGCGGAAGGAUGCCAGGAUCGCCGGGCAAUCGACAGAAUCGGAGUAAUCGGACAGAUCGCUGCGCUGUGCCACGCCGUCGAACUCAUUUCGUUAUUCGAUAAUUAACCCCAGCAGGUGCAAAACAUGCCGGCGCCAGUGACGUACCUAGCUAAGCGUGCACUCGAGGCAACAACGUUGACGAUUUUGACAGUCAUCAGCGCACAUUAAUAAGCAGCGUGUGUAGAAAUUCGUGAGAUUCUUCCUAGAAAUUCACAACUUCGCGUAAUGUCGUUGGCGUCGUUGCAAUUCUAAGUCUUAGUAACAAUUUAUUUUACAGAGUCUUUACAUAUCUAUUAACAAUUUAUUUUGUCUUUUUUUUUUUAUUUAUUGAUCAGUUCGCAUCUCUGUAGAUUUGGAGCUGGGUCAGCUGGGUGCUCAGCUGACUCGGUUCGGCGUUUCCUCCGUGACAAAAGCGCGCGUUUGAGCUCUUUUUAGCGGCGAAGGGAUGGAGAGGGGAUGAGAAAAAAGAUGCAGCCGACGGAUGGCGGCAGGCGAGCCCGCCUGCUCGAGAUGGCGCUCGCCGUUAUUUUGGCGGGAAAGUUUCGCGCGCGCCGGUCUCCGGUUCAUUGUGUGUGUUCGUUUUUGUGCGUGUCACUACCGACAUUUGCCGUGUCGGAGGAGGACAAUCGCAGGGAAUCGACGACUUUCGGAACUGCACUUUCGUAAGGAGAACCGUUAUUUGAUCCACGUUGAUUUUAGGACGUCAGCUGGUUUCGAAUAACACAAGCGAGUAAACAUCCGCGUGACACAACCGGUCGGUAAAGCAGCUCUUGAAGCCUUCAUCAAAAUGUCUGGCUCUAUUGGUAAACUCUACAGACGUCCCUUCACCGUAUGCGUGGAGGGCAACAUAGGAAGUGGUAAAACAACGUUUCUAAGUCACUUCAAGAAAUUUGACAAUGUUACUGUAUUAGAAGAGCCGGUCGAGCUUUGGCGUGACGUGUCUGGGACGAAUCUGCUGGAAUUAAUGUACAGCGAACCAUCUCGUUAUGCCUUCUUGUUCCAAUCUUAUGUACAAUUGACUAUGCUCCAAUUGCACACCUGUAAGACACCCUCGCCGUACAAAAUUAUGGAAAGGUCCGUUUACAGCGCAAUGUGCUUCGUCGAAAAUUUAAAACGCAAAAAUGUACUGCGUGAUGUUGAAGUAACUAUUUUAGAGGACUGGUAUGAUUGGUGUUUGAAAAGUGCCAAUAUAGAAACCGACUUGAUAGUAUACUUGAGGACGACACCUGAGAUCGUAUAUGAGAGAAUGAAACAACGAGGUCGAAAAGAAGAGAACGCCAUUUCAUUGAAGUAUCUUAAGCAAAUCCAUCAGAUCCAUGACGACUGGCUCUAUCAUCAAACUCUAAAGCCAGUGCCAUCACCGGUUAUAAUCCUAAACGGUGAUCGAGAGCUCCAUGAAAUGGUGGAGGAAUUCGAUAAAUGUAAAAAUGAAAUCUUCAGCAAGGUAAUAGACGAUCGCGAUAUAAAUAAUACAAUGAUUACUGUAUCGACAAAUCGUGUGCUACCCGAAAUUAAAGCUAUCUCAGAUUAAAUCGUAGAAUAAAAAAAACAAAAGUAAGGAUUAAUUUAAAUAUAAUUUACGCAAACGUAUCGUGCAUUUACACUGAUUAAUUAUUACAUACAACUUUGUUUAUUGUAUUAUUUUAAUUCCACCGGCCGCAUUUACAACUUUUAUUACAUAUAGUUUUUUUUUAUUUCAAAUUUAUAAUAUAAUCUGUAAUUAUGUAUUAUGCAAUACAUAAUUAGUCGAUUAUUUCACAUUAAAGCAUUAAUUUUACAUUCUACUAGCAUUCAAAUUACAAAAUUAAUGCAUUAUAAAAUAUUCACGAGAGCUUUA